GUAAGUUGGGUACAAAAAGAUCGACAUGGGAGUGGCUUCCUCGGAGACUUGAGAGAAUGUAGGAGCAGGGAACAGCCAGAAAUUCCUCCUGGCACCAAGUGCCCGGGGGAGGAGUCCACUUUGCUAAGGACUGUCAUUUGCUGAAAGAAGGUGUGUGCUCAAGAAGGAGUUUUUAACCUGGAGGAUCAUUAACUCUUUCAUUCAGCGACCUGGAGGUGGCUCUGGAGUUGGUCCUGGAAGCGGCUGCAAGCAAGGGUCGAGGAGCAGGAGCAGAGUGCGUUUCCAUGGGGGACCACCUUGAGAAGGGCCAGCAUGCUUUGCUCAACGAAGGAGACGAGAACGAGAUGGAAAUAUUUGGCUACCAGACUCAACGCUGUAGGAAAGCUCUCUGUCUCAUUGGAUCCAUCUUCUCUCUCGGAAUCCUCCCUUUGGUGUUUUACUGGAGACCAGCUUGGCAUGUGUGGGCAAACUGUGUCCCAUGUUCCCUGCAAGAAGCAGAUGUGGUGUUGCUGAAGACAACUGAUGAAUUCAAAAUUUAUUCUUGGAAAAAGGUAAUGUGGAUCUCCUUGUCAGCACUGAGCAGAACGUCUGGUCUCACUCCUGACCACCCUCUCAUUACAGAUGAGGAAUACAUCAUAAACAGAGCCAUACGAAAGCCAGAUCUAAAGGUGAGAUACAUAAAAGUGCAGAAAAUAAGAUAUGUUUGGAAUAAUUUAGAAGGACAGUUUCAGAAGAUUGGCUCCCUGGAAGACUGGCUCAGUUCUGCAAAGAUUCAUCAAAAGUUUGGACUGGGUCUAACAUCAGAAGAGCAGGAGAUCAGGAGGUUAAUAUGUGGACCUAAUGCUAUUGAUGUUGAAAUCACACCUAUCUGGAAAUUGCUCAUCAAGGAGGUUCUAAAUCCAUUUUACAUCUUUCAACUCUUCAGUGUCUGUCUGUGGUUCAGUGAAGAUUACAAAGAGUAUGCUCUGGCCAUCAUCCUCAUGUCUGUUAUUUCCAUAGCUCUGACCGUGUACGAUCUCAGACAGUCUGUAAAACUGCACCAUCUUGUUGAAUCACAUAAUAGCAUCACAGUCUCUGUAUGUGAGAGAAAAGCUGGAGCCCAAGACCUGGAAUCCCGCCUCCUGGUGCCUGGAGAUUUAUUAAUUUUGACAGGGAGCAGAGUGCAAAUGCCAUGUGAUGCCAUUCUGAUUGAUGGCAGCUGUGUGGUAGAUGAAGGCAUGCUGACAGGAGAAAGCAUCCCUGUCACUAAAACUCCAUUAUCCCAGAUGGCUAGCUCUGCACCCUGGAGGAUGCAAACAGAAGCAGAUCCCAGGCGGCAUGUUCUCUUCUGUGGAACAGAGGUCAUCCAGGCCCGGGCAGCUGCCUCCGGGACUGUGAGAGCAGUGGUCCUACAGACAGGGUUCAACACCGCAAAGGGGGACCUUGUGAGAUCCAUCCUUUACCCCAAGCCCAUGAAUUUCAAGCUUUACAGGGAUGCCAUCAGGUUCCUCCUGUGCCUUGUUGGGACAGCCACCAUUGGCAUGAUCUAUACUCUGUGUGUCUAUGUGCUCAGUGGGGAACCUCCUGAGGAGGUGGUGAGGAAAGCCUUGGAUGUUAUCACUAUUGCGGUGCCUCCCGCCCUCCCAGCUGCCCUGACCACAGGCAUCAUCUAUGCCCAGAGGAGGCUGAAAAGGAAGGGCAUAUUCUGCAUUAGCCCCCAGAGGAUCAAUGUAUGUGGACAAUUAAACCUUGUCUGCUUUGACAAGACAGGCACCUUAACAAGGGGUGGCUUGGAUCCUUGGGGAGUUGUGCCCUGUGACCAGAAUGGAUUCCAGGCAGUCCACAGCUUUGCCUCAGGCAAAGCUUUGCCCCAGGGCCCACUGUGUGCAGCCAUGGCCAGCUGCCACUCUCUGAUUCUUCUUGAUGGGACCAUCCAGGGAGACCCUAUGGACCUCAAAAUGUUUGAAGCCACCAAAUGGGAAAUGACUAUUUCUGGGGAUGAUUUCCACAUCAAGGGAAUGCUGGCACACACCAUGGUCGUUAAGCCGACAGACACAGUUGGCCAGGUCCCAGUGGAAGGACUCGCCAUCCUGCGUCAGUUCCCAUUCUCAUCGGCAUUGCAGAGGAUGACAGUCAUUGUCCAAGAGAUGCGAGGUGACCGACUGGCAUUCAUGAAAGGUGCGCCCGAGAGAGUGGCCAGCUUUUGCCAACCUGACACAGUACCAUCUAGCUUUAUUAGUGAACUUCAGAUUUACACGACACAGGGGUUCCGGGUCAUAGCUCUGGCUUACAAGAAGCUGGAGAAUGACUGUCCCGCAACUGCCUUGAUGAGGGAGAAGGUAGAAUCGGACCUGAUAUUUCUGGGAUUACUGAUCUUGGAGAAUCGACUGAAGGAGGAGACAAAGCCUGUCUUGGAAGAGCUCAUCUCUGCCCGGAUACGGACUGUGAUGAUCACAGGCGACAAUCUUCAGACUGCAAUAACAGUGGCCAGGAAGUCUGGGAUGGUUUCUGAAGGCCAGAAAGUCAUUCUUGUCGAGGCAAAUGAAGCCACUGGUUCUUCAUCAGCAUCUGUCUCUUGGAAAUUAGUAGAAGAGAAGAAAUACAUCCCACUUGAGAAUCAGGACAAUUACAUCAACAUCAGAGAAGAAGUCCCAGAUCAUGGCAGAGAAGGGAGUUACCAUUUUGCCCUAAGUGGAAAAUCCUUCCGUGUUCUAAGUCAGCAUUUCAGCAGUUUACUGCCAAAGAUACUGAUGAAUGGGACCAUCUUUGCAAGAAUGUCUCCAGGUCAAAAGUCAAGUCUUGUGGAAGAAUUUCAGAAACUGGAUUAUUUUGUGGGUAUGUGUGGUGAUGGAGCCAAUGACUGUGGGGCUUUGAAAAUGGCUCAUGUUGGCAUCUCUCUGUCAGAGCAGGAGGCAUCAGUGGCCUCGCCUUUCACUUCCAAAACUGCAAACAUCGAAUGUGUUCCUUAUCUCAUCAAGGAAGGCCGCGCGGCUCUCGUGACAUCCUUCUGCAUGUUUAAGUACAUGGCCCUGUACAGCAUGAUUCAGUAUGUUGGUGUUCUGCUGCUCUACUGGGAGACAAACAGCCUUUCAAAUUACCAGUUUCUAUUCCAGGAUCUGGCCAUCACAACUCUUAUUGGUGUAACAAUGAAUCUGAACGGUGCCAACCCCAAGCUAGUGCCUUUCAGGCCUGCCGGGAGGCUGAUCUCCCCACCUCUGCUGCUCUCCGUUAUCAUCAACAUCCUUCUCAGUUUGGCCAUGCACAUCGUGGGCUUCGUCCUUGUGCGGAAGCAGCCUUGGUACCUCAUGGAGUUGCACAGUGCCUGCACAGUGAGAAAUGAGAGCAUCUCAGCCAUCACCACGUCUCCAAAUGUUCCUGAGAAAAACAGAAGUCACAGCCCCUUUUCGAGUUUUGAGAAUACUACUAUAUGGUUUUUGGGAACCAUCAACUGCAUCAUCGUGGCCCUCGUAUUCUCCAAAGGAAAACCGUUUAGGCAGCCUACCUAUACAAACUAUAUAUUUGUCCUUGUACUGAUUAUGCAGAUGGGCGUAUGUCUUUUCAUUCUAUUUGCGGAUAUUCCAGAGUUGCAUAGGCGUUUGGACCUGCUCUGCACUCCUGUCCUGUGGAGAGUCUACAUUCUCAUCAUGAUCAGCUCCAACUUUAUUGUGUCCUUUGCUGUGGAGGAGACUAUUAUUGAAAACCGGGCGUUGUGGCUAGCCGUCAAGAGAUGUUUUGGUUAUCAAUCAAAAAGCCAGUAUCGGAUAUGGCAGAGGAAUUUGGCAAAUGACUCAAAUUGGCCCCCACUAAACCAAACCUCCUGCUCUGACAUGCAGGGGGUGUCCUACAGCAACCCUGUGUUUGAGAGCAACGAGGAACAACUUUGAAGGAGGGCGGUAUCUAAACAGUCGUCAACAUGAAGACAAAAAGGGCCAGUUUCAGAGACGUUGAAGCAAUUUGACUCUUCGCACUAUCAGUUGGAGUUUGUGGGGGCGGAGGGAUAAACUACCAGUGCUUGGUGACACAUUAAAGUCCAUCUGCUUAAACAGAGUCUGUGCA